AUGGAGUCCACCACCUCGGGAGGCUUCCGGUCCCGUCGCUCAUACCCAUCCCUUCACCAUAUCUCUCUAGCACCCUUAAACCCACAGUUUCCCAUUGACGACGACACAGAUCCAACCGACUACUUCAAUCACCGUGACUAUGAUACUCCCGCUAGUGGUACCCGCACACCACCAGCAUCAUCCUAUCUAUCCAGCCUCUCAGUCCCAAGCACGCCACCGAUCCUCUCCCACUCACGUAGCAACUCGCGAAGCCGCCACCACAAGCGCAGCAAGACCUCUACAGGGGCAGGCCCCUUUAGUGACAUGAAUCUGCAUAAAAGGGAGCUAAGCCAUGCCCUCCACCACAUGCAAGACACACACAAGAAGCAUCACAGCAUCUCUCAUUUGCAAGGACGACGCCCCCUGUCGGACAGCACGCCGAAAUCCAAAUCCGACACAGAAUGGAUGCUUCGUGCAGGCAUCGCACUAGCAUCCUCGACGCGCGAGGAAAAAGGCCAAAGCUGGCUCUCUAAGCGCGAGAGCUCAACAAGCCUCACACCCUUCGACGAAACACCCACCAACCGCCACCACCACCGCACCAAAUCAGGCGCCUCGUGGCGCGUUUCUCGCUCCGGCGCCUCAACCCCAGGCGGGGCCGGCGCCCUCUCCCGUCGCGCCUCCCGCUCCCGCGCCGGCAGCAGACGCGGCAGUAGAGUCGAACUUACCAUGACCUCCCUUCCAGCGGUAUCAUCUAGCUCAACGACAGCAGAAAAGGUAUGUACCGGGUCGGGAACGAACACAGGUACCGCCACACGCACGGCAAGCCCCGAGGCGCGCGGCCGUAGUCCCCUUGUGCCGGACUUCGUGGACGCACAUCUCCGCGCGGAGAUGGCAUCGCUACAGCACCGCGAGCGCGGGUUAGAUGAAGACUCUGUGUAUUGGGAGGGAGCGGGCUCGGGCGAAGAGGACUCUUCGUCUGAGUACUCGUGUAGCUCUGAUGAGACUCCGGAUGAGUUUGAUGAGGCGGAUUUGCAGCAGCUGACACGUGAGCGUGGGUUCGGGCUCGGCUCUUGGAUUGAUCGGUUGGUUGAGUGGACGCUUUUCGGGGUUGAGGAGUGGCCUACUGCUGUGCCUGCUGCGGCUGUUUCGCGUAUUGGUACGGCGGAUACUACUACUACUGUUACAUUUGAGGAGCCUAUUUUUGUUUCUAGGCGAGAUGACGAUGGGCUUUCGCUUGGCUCAGUUGGGGAUGAGGACUUGUCUGAUGAUGCGGCGAGUUCUACCGGCGGUGCCGCUCCUAUUGAGAAGCCUGGAACCCAGGGUGGGUGGGAAGAUGCUGAGUGGUUGUUGCGUUUGAUGAAACGGGUAUUGGUAUGA